AUGGCAACUCUCAUCAUCGCGCCUUUGGAUACACAUAAACUACUGAUAAUGUUUUCCUUCAGCAUCACCUGCAUCUCCAUCCUCUACCUUCUGCUGGGAUGCUGCGACUCCUCCGAAAACUCCCAGAAGCUCUCUUUGGGAUGGUAUGAUAAUAAUAAUAAUAGUAGGAGUGCAUUGAGAGGGCUGGAGAGGGGUGUGGAUGGCAAUAGUUCAGGCCGAGAGUGGAUGGCUCUCCGGCGGCUUCCACACGCGCUGAUCAUCGGGGUGAAGAAGGGAGGCACGCGGGCGCUGCUCGAGUUUCUGCGGCUCCAUCCGGACAUCCGCGCGCUCGGGGCGGAACCGCACUUCUUUGACCGGCAUUAUUCACGCGGACUCGGAUGGUACAGGAGUAUGAUGCCUAAAGCCCUCAACGGUCAAAUUGUGAUGGAGAAAACGCCCAGAUACUUUGUGACUCCAGAAACUCCAGGCCGCAUCCACGCCAUGUCGAAGAAUAUCAAGCUGAUCGUGGUGGUGCGAAACCCGAUCACCCGCGCCAUUUCCGACUACACCCAGAUCAUCUCCAAAACACCUGACAUCCCUAGUUUUGAGAGCUUAACGUUCAAGAACCGGUCCACGGGACAGAUAGAUGCACUCUGGAGCCCGCUGUACAUCGGUCUGUAUGCUAAACACCUGGAGCGAUGGCUGGCUUAUUUCCCGCUCUCUCAAAUCCAUUUCGUACAUGGAGAGAGACUAAUAAGCGACCCGGCGGGAGAGUUGGGCCGUGUGCAGGACUUUCUCGGCCUCGAGAGGAUUAUUACAGAUAAACACUUCUACUUCAACAAGACCAAGGGUUUCCCUUGCCUUAAGAAGCCGGAAGGAAGCAGCAAACCUCACUGUCUGGGCAAAACCAAAGGCAGAACGCAUGCGAGAAUCGACCCUGAUGUCAUCCAGAAACUGAGAGAAUUCUACCAGCCACACAACCUCAGGUUCUACCGAAUGGCAGGGAUGGACUUCGGAUGGCAAUGA